CUGGCUGGCCAAUUUCUUUGCGAUGGCUUCUGGCCUGCUGCUGCUGCUGCUGCGCAGCCCCUCCUCCUCCUCCUCCAGCCUGCAGAGCCAGGCUGGGAAAGACAGGCUGGGAAGCAGCAGCUCUUAGCUGAUUUCCAUAGCUACGCAGGCAGGCGGCAUUGGCAUCACGGGGACCUGCCCUGAAAAGCAGGCGGGAGGGAGGGAGGCUCCCAGCUGCCCCCUUCACCAAGGAAGGUGACUGUUGUUGUUGGUACGUGGACAACAACGCCGCUGCUUUGCUCUCCCAGAAGAUGCUGCACAGGCAUCUCCACAGCAGGUUCCAGGACCAGGGAUGAGCUGAGAGCAGGGCAGGAGCCCCCCCACCCCCAACGACAGCACCUGGGUGUUGCUGGGCUCCUCUCCCGGCCUCCCCCUACGCAUGGCCAAGAGCUGAAGAAGCAAGUAGGUCCUAGAGCGUCCUUCCCUUGCCAAAAACACCAUGAUCCGCAAGAAAGCGUCUGCUCUGAGUCCAGCCGAUGCCAGCCUCCUGCUCAGUGUGUCAAAGAGCUGCUCCGGGGCCCACUUCAGCGAUGCCGGAGCCGUUCAAAAUGGGGCCUCCACCGGUAGCUUCGAUGCGGAAGAUACGGUCUACAUUUACGGCAGAGACGGUUAUGAUUCUUCCACCAGCCGCAGAGGAAAUUACUUCAGAGAUGGGAAAACCAAGAUCGACUUCGUGCUGGUUUGGGAGGAGAAAGCCUGUCCCUCGAAGAAGAGGCGUGGCAAACAGCUGCACCGCCAGGGCGAGGCGGCAGCAGGCACGAGAGAUGGAAGCGGCGGGGACCACCGCUACGGGCGGCACGAGAGAUGGAAGCGGAAAUUCCUCAAAAAUCUGCGGAACGCUGGCCUCUUGAUGGAGAAGGAGGUGACCCAGAGCGAACACAAGAGCAUCCACUACUUGAAGCUGAGCACGCCCUGGGAGGUGCUGGUGUAUUACGCCGAGGAGCUGUGCAUGCGAGCGCCUCUCCAAGCUCACCCCAAUCCAGACAGAAAUAGUUCCGAUGACCUGCUUCGGAAGCUGCGCAUCCCCAACCUCAUGGACCAGAGGGUGCCUAACAAGCCCGUGGAUUACUACACCUGUGCCUUCCGCAAGUCCAAGCUCGACAGGUUCCUGGGCAGUGAUUUGCACGACAGCUACUUCAACAAUACGCAAAGGCAUCGCAUCGUGUAUGAAAUCUUGGCACGGACGAUUUACGGGAAACGGAAGCACGCCGAAAUAGGCAUCGACCGACUGCUGAACGAAGGGGUCUACUCCGCCGCUUUCCCGCUGCACGAGGGUCCCUAUGAGCUCCCGGACUAUGAGGUACUAAGCGAAGAGCUGAACCCCCGCCAGAUCCUGUACCGUUUUUGGGCCCGCUGGGCCUGCUGGUACAAGUAUCAACCCCUCGAUCACAUCCGGGAAUACUUUGGAGAGAAGGUGGCCAUCUACUUCGCCUGGCUGGGCUUCUACACAGCCUGGCUGAUCCCAGCCGCAGCCAUUGGCAGCUUUGUGUUCCUCGCCGGCCUCUUCGUCCUGGACACCAACGUGCCAGCGAAAGAAGUCUGCAAGAGUGGGGGAGACUUCCUCAUGUGCCCUCUGUGCGAUACUUGUGGCAACUGGAACCUCUCCGAGAUCUGCCCCAUGGCAAAGCUUGGGUACCUCUUUGACCAUCCGGGGACCGUUUUCUUUAGCAUCUUCAUGUCCUUCUGGGCUGUGACGUUCCUGGAGUAUUGGAAGCGGAGAAACGCCACGCUGGCUCACCAUUGGGACUGCAUGGACUUCCAAGAAGAGGAGGAACGUCCUCGCCCAGAGUUUGCUGCUAGGGCCCCUUGCCUGGAACAGAACCCCAUCACAGGCCUGAAGGAGCCCUAUUUCCCUAAGCACGACCAGCUGUCACGCAUCCUGACUGGGUCCAUGGCUAUCGUCAUCAUGCUCUGCGUGGUGAUGAUCUUUUUGGUGUCGGUGAUCAUGUACCGGGGGAUUGUCAGCACCGCAAUCUACCACACCGGAAACAGAGUUCUGAUGACGCAGGCAGGUAACAUUGCGAAUAUCAGCAGCUCCAUGGUGAACCUGGUGCUCAUCCUUCUCAUGAGCCAGGUCUACACCUCCUUGGCCGAGAAGCUUACCAGAUGGGAAAUGCACCGGACUCAGACGCAGCACGAGGACGCCUUUACCUUCAAAGUGUUCAUUUUCCAGUUUGUGAACUUCUACUCGUCUCCUUUCUACGUGGCUUUCUUCAAAGGCAGCAGGUUUGUGGGCUACCCUGGCCAAUAUGGACAGCUCUUAGGCAUGAGGAAUGAAGAUUGCGGUCCUGGCGGGUGCCUCAUCGAAUUGGCCCAGCAGCUGUUCAUCAUCAUGGUUGGGAAGCAGAUUGUCAGCAACGUCCAGGAGUUCUUUGUUCCCAAGCUAAAGGCUUGGCACCAGAAAAGGAAGCUGGCCAAGGUGCGAGGGGGGCAGAUCUGCCAGGAGCCCAAACGGUGGGAGGAAGACUAUGAACUGAUUGAAUGUGAAGGCCUGUUUGAGGAGUACCUGGAGAUGGUGCUCCAGUUUGGCUUCAUCACCAUUUUUGUGGCAGCUUUCCCGCUGGCCCCGCUCUUCGCCCUGCUCAAUAACUGGGUCGAGAUCCGUCUGGAUGCCCAGAAAUUUGUCUGCGAGUACCGGCGCCCCGUGGCUGAGCGAGCCCAGGACAUCAGUGUUUGGUUCUUUCUCCUUGAGGUCUUGGCACAAAUCUCCGUCGUUGUCAAUGCCUUUCUCAUUGCCUUCACCUCGGACUUCCUGCCACGGCUCCUGUACCAAUAUGAUUAUGACAGCCAUCUCCAUGGCUAUGUGAACUUCACCCUGGCUUACUCCCCACCUGCUUACGUGCACAGCAACCAUACCAUGUGCAGGUACAAAGCCUUCCGCGAUGCUCACGGGAACUACACCCUGUUUUACUGGAAACUCCUGGCCAUUCGCCUGGGCUUCAUCAUCGCCUUUGAGCACGUGGUCUUCUUCUGCUUGCGCCUGAUUGACUGGCUGGUGCCGGACAUCCCCGCGUCCCUGGAAGUCAAGAUCAAGAGGGAGCGUUACCUAGCCAAGCAGGCCCUGGCCGACCACCAGGAGGCGCUGCUGACGACGGUGAGUCCCGACUCUUCUCCCAGCAGCUCAGCAAGCAGCCUUUUCUCCAGCAGUAUGAAUUAGCCCUGCCGGCGAGGUCGAAGCAUGGGCACCAGUGCAUCCCCCUCCAUUUUUUUGCUCCAGUGCCGAGCAGCUCUCUCGACCGCAUGGACAAUGCCAGUGGGGACUGGGAGGGAAGAAUUUUCCUGCAGCGGACUUUGCGAGACCCAGAAGAUUGGACUAAGGAAGCCCCACGGAGACCUUGACCGAGGCUCCCAAGCUAUUCUCCUGGAAACGUUUCCUGGCGGAUUCUUUCUUUUCUCAGCUUCCCAGGCAAGGGGCCUCGGAGACCAGUUCUGGGACGAGCCCAGCUUGGCCUCCUUUCCGAUUCCCUGCCGCCUUGGCUCCUUGGUGGCUUCUUCUCGGCCUUGCAGGUUUCAACCUGCGUCCGAAGGGCAGGGACGUCUUCAAAGAGCGAGUCCCCCCAAAUAGAGCUUCAACCAAGCCACCAGAAAUCCUUG